AUGUAUUCGUCCCGCUCUUCUUCUUUCCCCUCCUCCGCCUCCUCCUCCUCUCCCCUCGCCUCGCGCUCGCGCUCGACGCCCGACGACGGCACCAGCGGCCGCCCCCGCAGCCGCAUUCCGGUACCCGUCCGCCUCCGCGCCCGCGCCCGCACAGGCACCACCAGGACCCGACCCGGGCAGCUGGUCGCCUCGUCGUCGCCUUCGGGUGGCUUCUUGGCGUCAGUCCCGGAAGAGCCCCUCGGUGGUGGCAACAUCGUCGAGGGUGCUGGUAGCGGGAGAGGUGCAUCUUCGGGUGCAUCGCUCCCUGACGAGUGGCACGAGACGACCAAUGCGGCUCUCGAUAGCUUCUUCGAGGCGGAUGACGAAGAAGACCAGGAACAACACUUGGAGGAGGUUGUUUCUGGACUGUCCCCUUCUUCCUCUCUCCAGAACUCCAUGCAGGGCCCCGCCACAGCCCUUGCUCCCACUCAGCAGCAGGAGCAGCUGCCCCAGCAGCGCCGGGGGCCUUCGGGUCACCAGCAGCCUGCUAGGGGUUUGGGACACCGCCGUCAGGCGGCUGUUUCGUCCUUCGCCCGAGUCGGCGACUCGAGCUCCUUUGGAGCCCGGGUCAAUGCCGAGGAGGGAGUCAGAGGGACGAUGAGAACCCAUGCUCGAGUUGCCGAUGAACCCAAGUCGGCCAAGGUUGCUGAUGACAAGGCGACUGAUGACGGCCCGCGGGUGAAGGUAGCCCCUGCUGCGACGGUCGAGGUGUCCUACGCAAGUAGGGCGAAGACUGCCCCCACCGGUGGACUCGUUGCGAGGGAGUCGGCGGCCGAUGACAAGGUCGUGUCAGGCAAACUCCGGCGAGCGGUUUCCUCUGUUGCUACACCUCCAGGAUCCCAACUGGAUAGCAGGCCCGGCCCGGUCCGUAUUCGUACGACUACGGCGGGCAGACAGAUCUUUGGGGCUGACGCUGCGGUUGGCACCCGUAGCCGAAGCAGCACGACAACCGUGGCUGGCGAGCGGCCCCUCGAGGCCACCGCUUCCAGACCACGUCCCCCUCCUGUUCCUCGCCUGGAUCUGGCGCGCCUCACGGCCAUGAGCCUGAGUGAAAAGCGCAGGAUCAAGGCCGAGCGAGCCCAGGAAGGCUAUUCCCACGGCCUCAACUCUUCUCGGACGACUCCGGAUCUCGUCCCGCUCAGCUUGCCGGCGGUUACUGGCUUGAGCGGGCCCGUUGUCGAGGACAUUCCGCCUGUCCCUCCUCUUCCCGCCAACCUCUCCCCAUCGGUAGUCCCAGCUGGUCGUAGGGCGGGUUCACCCCUCUACACCGGAAGAUUUGCCGACCGUCCUGGUCCUCCACUGCCCUACAGGCCGCUUCCGCCCAUUCCGGGGCAAAGCGUUGUGCCAUUGGGCACCCAGGUACAAGCAGGAGAUGUUGGUGGUGACGUGGAGUACGAGGGAGAUGUGGAGGAGAGCGACUAUGAGGACUCCGACAGCAGGGAGUCGCAUGGUGGUAGCCGCCCCCGGCUGUAUGCCCCGAGCUUGUCCACCAUCAGGGACAGCUCGCUGGUGCCACCUGCUUCUUCCGUGGCUGUCGCCUCGUCCUCUUCUUCCGCGGGAACAGCUGACCGGUCCUUUAUUGCCACGAACGAUGCGUCGUUUUUGCCUCGCGGUGAUUACGAGUAUGGUGCCGCCCAGGCCAGAGAGGAGUCACCCGCCUUUCGGGGUGGUGAUGACACAACUCUUGUGGCCGACACCACGUUCGUCCAGGGCAACCAAAGACGCUGGGGGAUGGUUCCCCACAUGUUGGGUGAGGAGGUUCGGCUUCGGCUGGCUUCUUCCCCGACGCCAUCCUCUGCUGAUUCGGAAAGGACAGCUCGCCCGGCCACGGGUGAGGGACAGGGGGAGUUAGCCGAGGAAGCUGGCUUCGCCAUCGACAACAGCGCCAUUGUCACCGACUUUGACGAAGGUGUGCCCUCGCGGGAGGAGAGCCCGACUAUCCCGGGUUCUCUCGUGGAAGACCCGGCAGACGGGUUGACCACCACGCUGCUGCCAUUGCUCGCGGACCUUGAGCCGCUACCCCUUCGUCGUGCGCCCGCAUUGAGACGAGGCUCACCAGCCAUCACGAACCCACGCCCUGCCCUUUAUGUCUUCCCCCGCCCGCCGAUGGGUUUAGGUUUGCGUCCUGACCGUGGUUCAAGCACGCAGAGGCCUGGUGCAACCUCUUUGUCUGGUGAUGGUGGUCUCGCUUCUUCCGUUACCGUUGGUGUCCUACCUCGCCCUCAUGUUGCGAUGGCAGUGUCUUCAGGAGCCGGUGAUGUGGUCCGUUCUGGUGCAAUCUCUCCUGGCCUGGCUUCUCCUGGCGUGAGCAGCUCUGGUGCCGGGCUCGGCCGUGGGCUUCCGCGGUCGGUGACCCAAGCCAUUGCUCCUCCGCCGCCUAUGCCGGUUGGUUCGCCUCCUCGUGGUUUUGGCCGCUCCGUAACUCAGGCUCUCCCUCGCAGUGGUGGUGCCCUCGGCGGCAACUCUCGAUUUGGCACGCGAGCAGUGUCGGCGCCCAGGCCGAUGGGUGCUCCGAUUGGCGACGAGGAUGAGCUGGAUGCAGAGCUCCGACAGAUUGUCUCGCGGACUCGAGAUGGGUACCAGGACCAGCGAGCGGUGUUGCGCUUCGGACUUCGCAUGCGCACCCAGACGUUGGGCACAUUCAGCCCGUCCACUAUUUCGGGUUCGACUCCCGACAUCACUUCGCCCCCAACGAGCUCUGGCAGGGACAGCGGCUCCCGCCACCUCAGCGGUUCCUCGACUUUUGUUGGCUCCACAACCUCGCCGGCAAUGAUGAGUUCGCCAACCCCGAUGACGCCGGACGUUUCCAGUCCUUCCUUUGCGUCGGGUUCUGGCGGUCGUGGCCGUGGCCGUGGCCGCAGUUCGCGUGGUUCGGGGUCGAGCGCGAGGUCCAGCCAGCCUCCAGCUCAAGCUCAGCCGCAGCCUCGACCACAACCUCGACUGGCUGUCGAAAUGCGCGAGAGAGGUCCUGCUCUGGUAACGGUGAGAGACAGCGCAGACUCGGGAACGCUGAGCAACGAGCCAGCAGAAGAGCCCAAGUCACAUUGGAGCUCAGACACGGAUGAUGAGCCUUCGACGAUGGGAAGGGUGAGGAACGCCUUCAGCAGGUUGAAAACGAAGUCCCGGGGCAAUCUUGGUCGAGAAGCGUCCUCUUCCUUCUCAACGUCAACCAGCUUGAGCCCCGUCACCACUAGGGAUGCUGCUCCACGCCUUCCGGAUAUCCCUCCUGUGCCUCCACUUCCCUUGAUUCCGGCGCCUCCCAUUCCUACCGAAGAUGACAAUGAUGCAGCGAAUCAGGCAGGAUCACAGAGACAAAAGCUGAACAAGAAGAAGUCGCUGGCCAACCUGUUUAGCAAGAAGAGAGAGGAGUAA